AACAUUUCAGAAGCUCCUCCCCCACUGUCUCUGUUUCUUCCAGACCCUCUUUCUCUAAAAAAAAUACAAUUCUCACACAGCUCAUGAUGUCGAACAUUUGUGCACUCACCUGCAUGGCCGUCCUGGGAUUUAAUAUUUUUUUGCUUUAAAUGGAUACCAAUAGUCAUAAGAUCCACCCUUCACCACCUUGUGACUGUAUGGAGCAGAGGCCAAUGAAUCAGAUUAAUAAUUCGGUCAUAUUACGACAGGUGCUUAUUAAGAGAUCCCAGCAAAAAAGAAGGACUUCUCCAGCCAACUUCAAGUCAAGGGUCUUCAUCCUUACGCCAAGAUAUCUCAACUACUAUGAACACCGAAAUGGGAAAGUACGUAGUCUCAGAGGUUUUGUUGAAGUGGAUCAGAUUAAAUGUGUUGAAAUUGUUACCACUGAUGUCAGCAUUGCCUGCAAGAACAAGUACGCCUUUCAGGUGCUCCAUGAGAAUUAUUUUCUGUAUAUUUAUGCUCCAGACAAAGAGAGCCGGCAACAGUGGGUGCUAGCUUUGAAAGAAGUGACAAAGAACAACCAAUGCCUCAUUCCUAAGUACCACCCCAACUUCUGGGUGGAGGGUCGAUGGAGAUGCUGCUGCCAGACGGAGAAGAUGGCAGGGGGAUGUACAUUAUACGACCCCAGUAUUGGCUGGAAACCUCUGCCUCCCACCCCAGAUGACAACAGGAUAAGCAAUUUAGAGCCAGGCUGGUCACUGGCAUUAUACGAUUACGCAACAGGAAAUCCAGAAGAGUUGGCACUCUGCAGAGGAGAAGAGUAUCUGUUACUGGACACUUCUCAACAGAAUUGGUGGAAAGUACAGGAUAAAAAUGGACAUGUGGGUUAUGCUCCAAGUGCCUACUUGGCAAAGCAAAGUGAAGACAGUCUUUUGGCCUAUGAAUGGUACAACAGAAAUAUUAACAGGAACCAAGCUGAAAGGCUUCUGAUUGAUCAGGGGAAAGAAGGUGCUUUUAUGGUUCGGGACUCAAGACAUCCAGGAGUGUACACUUUAUCCAUAUUCUCUAAGUCUCUAGGAGAGGGUAUUCACACAGUGAAGCAUUAUCGUAUCCGGCAAACUAAUGACUCUCCUCAAAAAUACUAUGUGGCUGAAAAGUAUGUGUUUUCCACUAUACCCCAACUCAUCAACUACCACCAACACAACUCUGGAGGUCUAACGUCUCGUCUUCGUUAUCCAAUCUGCUGCUGGAAGGAGACAACCCCUGUCACAGCUGGACUGAGCUAUGGUAAAUGGGAAAUUGACCCCACCCACCUGACAUUUAUUCAGGAGAUUGGCAGUGGACAGUUUGGAGUGGUAAAGCUGGCAUCUUGGCAGGGGAUAAAGAAAGUUGCUGUGAAGAUGAUUCGGGAAGGAAUGAUGUCAGAAGAAGAUUUUGUGGAGGAAGCUCAAGUUUUGAUGAAAAUGUCUCACCCAAAACUUGUUCAGCUGCUUGGUGUAUCCACCCAACACAUGCCCAUCUUUCUUGUGUUCGAGUACAUGGAGCAUGGCUGCCUGAAUGACUAUCUGCGCAGGAAUAAAGGGACACUGUCAAGGAGUGUAGCUCUCGGGAUGUGCCAGGAUGUCUGCGAGGGCAUGGAAUAUCUGGAGGCCUCUAAUUACAUUCACAGAGAUCUAGCUGCUCGAAAUUGUCUGGUUGGAGAGUCAUUGGUGGUUAAAGUGGCAGAUUUUGGUAUGACUAGGUUUGUCCUAGAUGACCAGUACACCAGCUCAUCAGGCAGUAAAUUUCCAGUGAAGUGGUCAGCUCCAGAAGUCUUCCAGUAUGGAAACUACAGCAGCAAAUCAGAUGUGUGGGCUUAUGGUGUUCUGGUUUGGGAGAUAUUCAGUGAAGGAAAGACGCCUUUCGAACACCUUAGCAAUGCAGAUGCUGUGAAGGAAAUAUCAUCUGGAUUGAGACUCUUCAAGCCUAAACUGGCCACAGAAAAAGUGUACCAGCUUAUGCACAGCUGUUGGCUAGAAAAAGCAGAGAUGCGUUCAUGCUUCAGCCAACUUAUGAGAGAGAUCACCGACCUUGUGGAAUCCGAAUUGUGACCAGACUGAGGACUUUCGGGAUUUGACUUCAAUGGGGAAUUACUGUUAUAAGCUUGUUUCCAAUUGGGCUAAGGGUACAUAGAGGGAGGGGUAGCCCUUUGUCUUAAAAAGACUUACUGUUUUUCCUGUAGAUUUACCCUUCCUCCUGGACCAAAUGGACCUCCUGGACAACAACUCCUGCAGAAUUCAUGUUUUUAUGCUAUCACUGUUUUUGCUAUCAAGAAACUUGCCUUCUCUGCUUCCUGGGAGCUUUGACAGCUGCAAAGUACAAACAUAAUGUAUACGUCGUAGAUAACAAUAAUUAAUACAGUUAACAGCAUGUAGAAUGCAAUGUGGUUAAUUGGGGAUAUUUUGCAUUGAUUGAAAACAGCGCAAUUUAAGCUGGACUUCUUUUAUUAUGACAUAUAAAAUCGAAGUGAUAGUUAAAAGCUAGGAUUACCUGUAUAUUGCAUCUUGGGUUGCCAGGGAAUAUGUGUUAUCGACGGCCAGCUCCUAGGGACUUGCAUUAGUUCUACAUUUUUCUCUGAUGACAAGUUCACUUUAAAGGCAAAAUAAAAGAGUUUGUGUUGCCUUCUGCUGGUCAGAAUUGGUACUACAAAUUGUACAUUAUUGAAGAAGAGGCUUGGCUUGACAGUUCAUUGUAUAUGUAGUACAGUAUUUAUCAUAAUUUUUAAAUAAUUAGUUAAAUAAGCCUUGGCAUUUUAAAUUUGUGUGUAGGUUUUUCAUUGUGGGGAGGAUUAGUGGGGACUUGAAUGAAGCAUACAGGUAAAUUCAAACAUUAAGAGCCCCUAGAUUAUGGGUGCUAAACCUGUGGCCCUCCAGCUGUUGCGGAACUACAACUCCCAUCAUACCUCUGCCUUUGAGAGUCAUGCAUGUAAUUGUCAGCAGCUUGCAAUGCCUCAUCGUACUUGUAGGUCUGCAACUGCUGUAGGGCCACAGGUUGAGCACCCAAGCCCUAGGCCUAGACAAUCAUCUCCUGACCCAAUUGACCGCCGUUGGAUUAAGAAACAAUCCUUUAUCUAUUUGUAGCUGACCAGGCUAAAACAGUUGUCUCUUACCAGCUGAUGGCUACUGUCUCUUUAAGGUGAGCUGUUGUCAAGAAGAUCUAUUGUAUUCAGCCACAAGCUGGGGGCAGGGAGGUGACCAAGUUAUAUUGCUUUAAAGCGGGAGUUCACCCAAAAACC